AUGUCCACGUUUGGGGGCAUCGUGUCCGAAUUCCCAGAAAUUCGAACGAACUUCGCCGUGAAGCUAAUGGUGUCUAGCGUCUACUGUUCUGCCGCGACGCGCGAGAUAUUGCUGCGGCUGGAGCGAUACCCAUGUCGCCUCAACUAUGCCAAAGGGCUGUUGGAAGCGAGGCAGCAAACAUACAAGCACUUGAGCAGCCUGCUGAAGCCGAUACCGUUGGAAACGCCUACGACGCUGGAGUUGGCACCUAAUCUUGAAUUGCAAGUGACCCUGUUCGAUGCGAAUCACUGCCCUGGGGCAGUCAUGUUCUUGAUUGAGCGCAAUGACACGGCAAUCCUGUAUACCGGCGACAUACGAAGUGAGCCUUGGUUUGUUAAUUCGAUUUCCAGGCAUCCAGUUUUGAUUGAGUAUACUUCGGGCAUCCGUACACUGGACAAAAUCUACCUCGACACGUCCUUUACAAAAGAUGUCCCGUUUCAGACCAAGAGCCAGGGCAUCUCCGAGUUGCUGCGAAAAGUAGCAUUGUAUCCGGCGGAUACGGUAUUCUAUUUCCAAGCCUGGACCUAUGGCUACGAGGAAGUUUGGCUCGCCCUCUCCAAGGCCUUGAAAUCGCCAAUCCACGUGGACGAGUAUAAAAUGAGAAUAUAUGCGUCCCUUUCAAGCAAAAUUGGUGAUCACCGCUUCGCGUCACUGGCCGGUUACAUGUGCGGAAACGCACGGCACCCGGGCUGCCUGACAGUGCACGAGAGUGUGCGCCUGCACAGCUGCGAAAAGGGCAAUCUGUGCUCCGUCGCGGACCAACCAAACGUUGUCAAGAUACAACCGAUUGUGGCGCAUCUGGUGGAUGGAACUGAUAUUGCUGAGGUUGGCAUAGGUGGAGGAGGAAAUGAUUUUCAGCGGGAUGCUGAGCUGGGGGCCUUGUCACCCAAAGAUAUCCAGACGCUCCAGGAACUGUAUGACUCUAUACUCCCCCAUCACAUCAUGCAAAAAACUGGUCAAGUCGACGAUAGUUUCUUCAAGUCUCUGCUUCAGAGCAUGACACCAGGACGCGAUAUGCCACUAGGAUUAACCAUGGACCUGUUCGGAGACCAGCUCACUACGAGCAUAAACAAGCUGAAUAGUAUGCUGGCACACAAGCGCAGCUCCAGCUCUGGGGUCACAACCCCGACAGCCACGAGACUGCCGCGCGUGAUUCACUUCCCAUAUGCCCGCCACUCCUCGUACGAGGAGCUUUGCCACCUUGUCGACGCAUUCAAGCCACGCGAUGUGUGGCCAUGCACAGAAAACGCCGAGCACUGGUGGCGCAAAGGCUAUUCCAUUGCCUCGUAUUUUGGGGACUUUUGUUCCGGGGCCGAUUUCACCUACGACAAGAUGGUGCAGGCGACGUAUCCAGACCCCCCACCGCAGGACAAAGAAGAUAGGCCCGAUACGCAGACGUCUGUGCAGGUCUCCGAAGACGCUGAAGAGCCACCCUCGUUGUCGCCUGCACACAGAUUACUCACCGAGAGCAGCGGCCCGAAGGACCGCGGCGACGAGCUGCCAGGUCCGCCUUCAAAAAGGGCGCGGGGCGAGGCCGACGAUCAGGACGAGUCACAACGGAGUUUGGCUUCACACAUCACGGACACGGACUCUGCGAUCCGCUGGGGGGUAUAUAAUCGCACUGUCGACAGGCUCUACGAGGGCGACUGGGGCUCCUUGCCUUUGCUUUCGACCACCGACCAUCAUAGCAACACAGAACAAGAACUGUAG